GCAUGCAACCAAUUGAAUCAAGUUACCUAUAAUUCUAAUCCCCAUUCCCACCCAACCAACGGGUACAAACGCAACUUGAAACACACGACCGAAUUCGACACUAUCUCAACACCCAGCCGAUAUACAUACGAUGGUCCCGAUCCCGUCUGCGGAACUGCGCACCUCGUAUUCCCUUUACUCCCUCGAGUUCGACCCUGAAGAUGCGAACCGGCUUAUCGUAGCCGGUGGCGGUGGGCCAGGUAACCAUGGUGUAGGGAACAAGAUCACUGCCAUCGACGCAUCACGCCCCGACACACUCGAUAUUGUAUCCGAGAUCGAACUCAGUCGCGACGAGGACAGUGUCGCAACUCUCGCCGUCGGUCCCCGGAAUAAGGACUCGAUCCUGCUGUACGCUGGUGUUAAUUCGAGCGCCGAAGACAUCGCCAAGGGCAAAAACGAACACUUCCGCGUUUUCAGCUUGGACCAGCCAUCCAAAGCCAAAGCUUCGUCUGAGAAGCCCAAGAUCACCGAGCUCUCGCGCACUUCACUGUUCGCAACAACGGAGAAGGACACAUACCAGAGAGUGCUGAGGCUGUCCGCGCCUUUCCCCGGGUCCGCUCAAGUCGGUGCUGUCGCCACGGGGUUCUCCAAAGAGCCAGAAAUUGCUCUCUUCGAUGUUCCCAACAUGGGCGCUGCCACUCCCAAGCUCAGGGGUAACCUUGAGCUGGUGAAGGAGGCUGUGGACAUUGAUAUUGUCCAGACUGGUGACGAUAGCUACCAGCUCGCUUACUGCGACGAGUACGAAAUGCGCACUAUGAACAUUGGAAACGGCAUCUCGGAAGGGCCCAAGCUGGUCUUCACCAUGCCAGACGAAGCGGCCGUCACCGGAAACGCUAGGCCCUCGUUCCGAUCGGUGCGCUAUCUGACCCCGGACUUCCUCCUCGCCGUUGCCAACCUUCCCAAGGGCGGUGGCGUGGUUCUACACGGAUUCCGCAUGCCCAAGAACGACAAAAUUCACAACAAGCUCAAAGAGAAGGAGGAGGAAGAAGCUAAGAAGGGUAACGGUAGCGCGGACGGUACGGUCACCACCGAUGGGGGCCCCAAGGGAACCGCGGACGAGACGGUCGUGGCUAGAAAGGUGGAGGAGCCCAAAGCAAGACUAUGCAUUUCCGCGAAAUUGCCAUGUUCUGUCACACGUGCUACCGGCCUGGCUGUCCGCAAUCUUUCUCCUCCUGCCUCGCCAACCGCCAAGCAGGGCGACGCGCAGUUCGUCAUCGCCGUUACUGGCCAGGACAGCUCGAUCACUAUCUACACCCUAGACCAUCAGUCGGUUGCCGACAUCAACCUCAUUGUCAAUCUUUUCAAGGUCACUACCUUCAAGAACGUUCACAACGGUCCCAUUUCCGGCGUGGCCUUUUCCUACGUCGUUCCGCCCGCCGACUCUAACUCGGACGAAAGAACCGUCGCACAGAAGGGACUCGUCCGUCCCGAGUACGUCAAGCUGGCCUCCAUCGGCUCCGUCGGCAAUUCCUGCAUCGUGCACUCCCUCCCGCUCAAAAAGUUUGUCGACAAGACUGCCCAAACCCGCCGCGGCGGCGCUCCCCGUGCCGCCCGCUACGUCCUUGCCCUGAAGAGUCAAGCCCCCUCACCCAAGGGUCUCCUCUUCUUCACGGCCCUGAUCACUCUCUUCAUCGGUGUCUUUGUCCAAAGCUUCCUCGAAAUCAAGGGCUACUCUAGCCCCAUGAUCGGGGCCAGGAGGUUCGCUCCUGUCAGCUGGCAGCAAAAUCCCCGUUACGGCGCCGGCCAGGGUGUGGUUGGCAAUGCCAACUACGCGAACUCGGAAUCACUCAAUCCUGAAGGCGUGCACGGCUUCUUGGCUUCGCUGCUGGCGGAUAAAGACCUCAAGGUGCAGGAUGGACAGGCCAAGAAAUUGGUUUUAAACGUCGGAGCCAAAGACGGGAUCGUCCAGGUUAGUGGACAUGACGCCGAGGUGGAUAGCACCGCGCCAACACCGAAGGAGUGGGAUGAGCUGCACGAGACGCAGAAAAAGGCUUGGAAGGAGAAGUUGAAGGCGGCGGGCCACUGGGGGGAGGGGAUGGGGGAAACGAUUUUCAAGAAUAUCCUGUUUGGUGAAUUGGGAGCUGUGGUUGGCGGACUGGUUCGUUAGGGAUCAUGGAUUAAUGAAGGGAAAAGGUGAGAUGGUUUACUGUUCAGUAUAGGCAGAGCAAGUUGGUAUAGUUGUUUUCAUCACCAAUUUUUGUGUUUGUAUUGUUAUGAAUGCAGGACUAAUGAUGAAGAUUACGGAUGCGAAAAGGAAAAGCAUACUUAUUUUACCUGCCAUGUCACAACCAUUGCCUGGUUAUC